AACAAAAACAAACGAAAUAGAGAUGUGUUCGAAACAUACCGCUUAUCUAUGGUGUGACGUCUCAGGACAUUAACUGAACACUGCAUUGCAAAUGAGCUAGUAGGACUAUAAUACAAGUGUUUAACAUAUACAUAGUACCAAUCCAAGGAAGGGCAUGUCCAAUACCGUUGUCUUUCAUGCUCAGCUAGCCUCCAUCAUUGAGGUUUUGGCGAAUGCAGCCGUUGCCGAAAUCUGCAAACUUGUAGAUGAUGGCCAUGCUGCUUUACGUUUGGAAAUUUCCCAUAGUCAGAAAGAAAUUGAUAACCUGCGGAGGAAGCUGGUUUUGACAAAAUUCCAGAAUUCUCGACGGAGCGCAGAGAGAUUUGGAGCCCUGCGACGCACAGUUCACAGGCGAGUGGACCCGGAUCAUGUUGCCCGGGGGAGAGAGAGCUUCGUAGAAAAGGCAAAAAGCAGACUUGGAUAUUUGGAAAAUCGUUUUGCCUACAGUGAAGGGGGCAAAUGUAUGCAGGAUGUCACCAACCGGAGAGACGCAGGACGCACAGCGACAGACCAGGAUGGGGCCAUGCAGAUGGCAGAUAUGCAAGAGGCACCUCAUAUCAAAAUGGAAAAUCUUGACACCAGCAUAACCGAAGAGAUUGUCCAACCAGUCAGUGAGAGCAGUGAGAAGAUCAUUGUAGCAGAACCAGGUUCUUCAUCAUCUACUGAACCCACAGACCUUCUGGACCAGCAGGACAACAGACACAGAGCUCCAGACACCUCACUCAAUAUAGAACCUGAAAACCAGACGUUCCAGCAUCCAGCGUCACAAUACAGCAGAGCAAGACAGGACCAUCAGGUUGCUGAGGGUGUGACCUGGGAAACUGACCAUCAAUCUAUAGAAUACAGCCUGUCCCAUUGGACAGAGAACCAAGAGACUGACAACCCAACUGUGAAUGCUCCUCACAAUGCAGGGCCAGACUCCAAGAGGCUGUCUGAACAUCCAGAGAGGAGAGGGGUGCCUGGUAACUCUGGGGUCUGCAUGUCUGCUUCAGGCUCUCUGGACUGGGUGCCUGAUGUGGUGAUGGUGGACUCAGUUCCCAUUAAAGUGGAGGCAGAUAUGAGUUCAGAAUGGAGCAUAACUGGCCAAGAGGUGACAUCUGGAGACAUCUGUUCAGAAAGCAGGCAGCUUGUGGACAACAGAGGAAGAGGGGGAAUGGAGUCUGGACAGACAAAGUGUCCCCCUGACACUCAACAUGCAGAGCAAGGGACAACUGUAGGAUCAAGGUCCAAGUUGCCAGAUUUCAGUGGACUGUCCAACCGAAACAGAUUUUCAUCCCCAAGGGUUACCCUCCACCAGGUUCCCCAAAGAGGGAAGCCAGCCCCCUUCCCGAAUUUCAACAGAGGCUCCACUUCUUCAUCGAAAGGCAUAGAAAAGCAGCCGCAACAGCUGAUGUCUCACUCCACCCAGAGGCAGCUCCGGUGCAGCCUCUGUGGAAAGCCCUUCCCUCAGCCGGCAUACCUAAGGAGGCACAUGCGGGUCCAUACGGGGGAGAAACCGUACGGCUGCAGCCACUGCACCAAGCGCUUCUCCCACAGCCACCAGCUGAAGAUGCAUGAGAGAGUCCACACAGGAGAGAAACCAUUUCACUGUGUCUACUGUGGGAAGUGCUUCACCCAGUCCGGCCACAUGAAGAGGCACCUCCUCGUCCACACUGGCGGCAGGCCACAGGACAUUGUGCUGCCCUGAGUGUACCAAGGUGAAGUUUCCCCUAGGUACAGAUCUAGAAUCAGCUUCCUCUUCCCCAAUCCUAACCUUAAGCAUUAGUGGAAAAAAAUAUACUAAACUGACCGAAGAUCAGCUUCUAGGGGUAACUUCACACUACUCCACCUGGCAUAAUGAUAAGUAGGGCCAGUAGUUUUUCCUCACCAUGUGAUCAGACCAGGAAAAACUCCUCUCUAGUUGUAAGGGGACUGGCUCCACACUACUGGAGUUUUCAUAUGAACACUGGGUCCAUGUGUUUUUAACAGUUUGGAUUAGAGGUCGACCAAUAAUGAUUUUUCAAUACUGAUACCGAUUAUUGGAGGCCAAAAAAAGCUGAUACCGAUGAAUCGGACGAUUUAUAUAUAUAUAUAUAUAUAUAUA